AACCGGCCCGGCAUUGCCUGCGCCUUCCGGCGGGGCGGGGCUGGGCUCGGCUGCGGAGGCGGGAAGGUGACCCGGGCAGCCGGCUGCGCGCCCCCGCUUAGCCAACAUGCCGGCGCUGCAGAGCCCGGCUGCUCUUGUGACACUGGUGAGCGGAGCCUGCGCUAGGGCGGCGGGCUGCUGGGUAAGGAGUUCUUCAGGUACCUCUGCAUCCCCUUCCCGGCCAGCAAUUGCAGCCAAACACCCGUACCAAGUGGAUUUGAAGGCAGGAAAGCGUUAUGCUUGGUGUGCCUGUGGCCACAGCAAGAAACAGCCUUUCUGUGACGGAUCCCAUAAAACAGCAGCCCCAGAUCUCUCUCCCCUGAGGUUCCAGCUGGAGGAGGCCAAGAGCGCCUGGCUGUGUGGGUGCAAACACACCAAAUCCCCUCCUUACUGCGACGGCACCCACAAGGAGGAGUUCAUUCAGAAAGCAGAGCUCCCUGGGCAGCCCUGAUGCGGGGCUUCCUCUCCUGAGACAAGCGGGGAGCCCUUGCAGCCUGUUUCGAGGGGCGGGGGGGCUGCAGGAAUGGGAAGAUGUUCAGGCUUUCAGUGUUCUCUGGUGCAUUGGAUCAAGUUUUCCGAACAGCUCCAGGUUCUGUUCUUAUUUCCCUGUAAAUGAAGUUCUGUACAGACCAGGCCAGUCAAACACACACACACUGGGCUGGUGGCUUCAUCCAGCUGCCAGGAAGGAUCAAAUAAAAGCGACAAGGCCUUUUUCACGUUGCUGCCACAGAGAGAAAGAUGGGUUUGGUCUGCAUUGUUGCAGCUCCAUGUUAUAAAAUAACUCCCAGCAUUACAAGAACAGAGCCGACUGGGUGGCUAAUUCAUAGAUUCUCUGCAAAGAAACUUCCAGCCCAUGGGAGCAAAUGGGAUCCCAAUGCACAGAUGUUGUAGGAGGAAAACUGUGUGUCAUGCUGUAUCAUCAGUUCCUCUGGGCUGUCCCCGCAGCCCUUGUAAACCGUAAAAAAAUGAGGAACUCUGUAGGCUUCAGAUUAGCGAGCCUGCUGCUCCUAUCAGCCCAGCUGUUCCCGUUUGCCUUGUCCCCCGCCUGAUUGUAGCUGGAUCCUGUUUCUUUGAUGACUUUGUUUUCAGUUCAGGCUGGAGAUUUCCCACCGCCCUCCCACCACGACUCCAGUUGAAUUAUUCCUUGUUGCGCUGACACUUGAUGACUCGUGGAAGUAAAGUGAAGCACGUACCCAAGUGGUUGCAGGAUCAGGGCCCGAUUGUUUAAGUUAAAGGUGGCCUGCAAAGGGAAAAAAUAGGCUUGUGUGGUUUUUCUUCUUUAUGAUAGAUAAAAAGAACCAGAAGAAUUGGGGGGGUUGGGUUUGGAAAUGAUGGGUUUUUUUCCUUCUCUGCUUGCCUCUUUCCUCGGGGAUGUCAGGUUUUGUGUAGUUCUCUGUUUCUGGUGUCAGAUUCCCCGGAGGACUCAAAGAUGCGGAUUGGGAAUUUUCUCAACCCUCCAACAGAAGGGGUGUCAAAGCCUUUCAAAGAGAUUUUAUUUGUGAACUCCUUUUCACUCAGAACUUGGAAAGCCUCACCGGUUUAAGCAGUUGGACUGAAAGCCGUCAGGACUUCUCUUCUGAAUGAAAUGACAUGUCACUUCCUUGCUAUCCGCCAUAAACCUCCACGUUCAAGUUUUCCAUAGACUCUCCCAGGAAAGACAAGAUCUGAAUUUCUAAGGCCUUGUCUACACACCCCAAGUUGUAUCAGUUUAACUAUAAGGGUGGAUCCAUUUAUACUGGUAUAAAGAUGCUUAUACUGGUAUAUUAUUUCCCAUAUGGGAAGAGGAAUAAGUUAUACUUCUGCAAGGCACUUUUGUAUACCAGUGUAACUGCUAGGGAUUGUAUUGGUAUAACUAUAUCGGUUAAAAAAAUCAUACCCUUCAGUGUACUAGUUAUACAGGUACAAAAUCUGUGUGGAGCCAAGGCCUUUAUAUAUACAAAACAAGCAGAAGAAAAAGUAACAAAAAAGCAACUUUUCAGGCCUUCUUAACUCAUAAUCAAGAAGUAAAAAAACCACAUUUCUUUUUCUUUGUAGGUCAUUUUUUAACAGUCAAAUUGCUCUUUCCUCUCCUGUCUUUGUUCUCACAAGGGGUUUCUUACAGGGCAGCUGGUUUUGGAUAUGAUGGGGAGGGCUGUAACUGACAAACCGCCACUUUUUUGUUGACCUCUGUUUAGGCACGACAGGUAAAAAAAAUUUAAAAAAUGCCGAUGUCAUGGGAAUUCAAUGGGACUUUGGUGCAGACCCUGAAAGAUAUUUAGGCACCCACCUCCCAUUGAAAUCAGUGGGAGUUAGGCAUUUAAACGCCUUUGGAGAAUCUGGCCCUUAUUGCUGAUCUACACAGAAAGUUGUAUCCGUUUGACAAAAGGUCUGAUUUAAACUAGCACCAUUUUCUCUGUGGAACAAACUGGUUUACGUUGCUUUAGCUUGUGCAUACUAAAAGGUGAUGAGAGUGUCCACACACCAGAUUGCAUCAGUUUAAUUAGAGCAGCAUACAAGUUAAACCAGUGCUGCUUGUGUGUGUGUGUGCGCACAAGGGUUAAGUCUCUGAGGUACUUUUAAACCUGUAACCCCGCAAGCCUGGUUCUCUGCUACACCAUCAUUUACACCCGUGCAAAACAAGCGAUCCGAGUGACAUGGUUGGAAACCGGAUCAGAAUUACCAUGUUUUACGCUGGCUUUAUACUCGUGUGAACAAUGGUAUAAAUCGCCAGGGCCAUGGAACAUUAGACCCUUCUUAAUUAGCCAGACCUUCAGAAUAGAAGAUGUGCGUGGUACAUCUGAAUGGCAUUUUUCUAUCAGGCCCUAUGAGUUGGUUUAUCUGGAAACCAGAGGAGGUUAUUUCUGCCAACGUACAAGGGCAAUUGCUCCUGUAACAGGCUGCCAUUAUGGGGGAGUUCUUUGCACAAACCCCAGAGACUUCCAGAUGCUGCCAUAAUAAUAAACCAAACCCGGUUGUCAUGCAGAGACGCGACUUGUUCUUGUACCAUAGCGUCCACUCUAACAACUCAGGUGGUCAGGGCUUCGAGAGAUUGCAAGGGACCCCUGUUUCUCUUGAAUGGUUGUUUUGAUUAUGAAACAGUUAAUAAAAUAUUAACAUCCA